CGAGCCAGGCUCCCCCCACCCCACCCCACGCACUAGCUUGUGUGUGGGCUCGGCUCGCUGCGGGCUCCUGGUUCGGCCGCACUUGCUCCCCAGUCGUGCGCCAGGGGCUUUUUGUGGCGGGGGCCAGACCUGGGUUUUGUGUCCCGAGUUCUGUGCCGUGCCCGCGGCGCCGCUCCGGGGCAGGGAUCUCCCGAGGCGGCGGGCGCAGCCCCGGGGACCAGCGAGCGAGCGCGCCGGCGUGAGCGGCGGCGGCGGCGACUGUGAGGGUCCGGAGAGGAGAGAAGGAGGGGGACGAGAUGCCGGAGUUCCUAGAGGACCCUUCNGUCCUGACCAAAGACAAGUUGAAGAGCGAGUUGGUCGCCAACAACGUGACGCUCCCGGCCGGUGAGCAGUGCAAGGAUGUGUACGUGCAGCUCUACCUGCAGCACCUCACGGCGCGCAACCGGCCGCCGCUCGCCGCGGGAGCCAACAGCAAAGGGCCGCCCGACUUCUCGAGCGACGAGGAGCGCGAGCCCACGCCGGUGCUCGGCUCCGGGGCCUCCGUGGGUCGCGGCCGCGGCGCCGUCGGCAGGGUAAGGCGAACCCCCCCGGGACCGGGGCCGCGGGAGACGGAUAAAGAUGAUCUGGAUGUGACAGAGCUCUCUAAUGAAGAACUUCUGGAUCAGCUUGUAAGAUAUGGAGUGAAUCCUGGUCCCAUUGUGGGAACAACCAGGAAGUUGUAUGAGAAAAAGCUGUUGAAGCUGAGGGAGCAGGGACCUGAAUCGAGAUCCUCUACUCCUCUUCCAACAGUCUCUUCCUCAGCAGAAAACANAGGAAAGAAGAAAGAACACAAGAAAGUGAAGUCCGCUAGGGAUUGUGUUCCUUUUUCUGAACUUGCAUCUACUCCCUCUGGUGCAUUUUUUCAGGGUAUUUCUUUCCCUGAAAUCUCCACCCGUCCUCCUUUGGGCAGGACUGAACUACAGGCAGCUAAGAAAGUACAGACCGCUAAGAGAGACCCACCUAGGGAGACUUGUACUGAUACGGCCUUGCCCGGGAAGGGACAGACGCACAAGUUAGCCCCUGGACGGGGUUUAUUUAUUCCUUCAGAGUCUAGCUAUGAUAGAUGUGUAGAGAAAAGUUCUUCACCAUCUUCUCAGCGUGAAUUUGCUGCCAGGCUGGUCUCUGCUGCAGCUUCUCCUUCACUGAUAAGAGAAACCACUACUANUUACUCUAAGGACAUAGUGGAAAAUAUUUGCNGUGGAGGGAAGAGUAGAGCUCAGCCAUUGCGUGCUGAAGAGCCUGGCGUGUCAGAUCAGUCGGUUUUCUCUAGUGAAAGAGAAGUUCUGCAGGAGUCGGAGAGGUCGCAGGUCAUUUCUCCACCACUUGCUCAGGCAAUCCGAGAUUAUGUCAAUUCUCUGUUAGUCCAGGGUGGGGUCGGCAGUUUGCCUGGGACUUCUGAUUCUGUGCCCACACUGGAUGUAGAAAACNUAUGUAAGAGACUUAGCCAGUCCAGCUAUCAAGAUUCUGAAUCCCUGUCCCCUCCCCGAAAAGUCCCAAGACUAAGUGAGAAGCNAGUAAGGGGAGGGGACUCAGGCUCCUGUGUGGCAUUUCAGAAUACACCUGGAUCCGAACAUAGGUCUUCUUUUGCCAAAAGUGUUGUCUCUCAUUCUCUGACUACUUUAGGAGUAGAAGUGUCUAAGCCACCACAGCAUGAUAAAAUAGAAGCCUCAGAGCCGUCUGUUCCUCUCCACGAAUCUAUCCUAAAAGUGGUGGAAGAGGAGUGGCAGCAAAUUGAUAGGCAGCUGCCCUCGGUGGCAUGCAGAUACCCAGUUUCCUCCAGCGAGGCAGCACGGAUAUUAUCAGUGCCAAAAGUGGAUGAUGAAAUCCUGGGGUUUAUUUCUGAAGCCACCCCACGAGCAGCCACUCAGGNGUCCUCCACUGAGUCUUGUGAUAAACAUUUGGACUUAGCUCUCUGUAGAUCUUACGAAGCUGCAGCAUCAGCAUUGCAGAUUGCAGCCCACACGGCCUUCAUAGCUAAGUCUCUGCAAGCUGACAUAAGUCAGGCUGCACAGAUUAUUAAUUCAGAUCCUAGUGAUGCACAGCAGGCACUCAGGAUUCUGAACAGAACCUAUGAUGCAGCCUCCUAUCUUUGUGAUGCUGCAUUUGAUGAAGUGAGGAUGUCUGCCUGUGCCAUGGGGUCUUCUACCAUGGGUCGGCGUUAUCUGUGGUUGAAGGAUUGUAAGAUUAGUCCAGCUUCUAAGAAUAAAUUGACUGUUGCCCCCUUUAAAGGUGAAACAUUAUUUGGAGGGGAAGUACACAAAGUUAUUNAAAAGCGUGGAAAUAAGCAAACUAAUUUCAAGGUGUUACGCUACCACUUAUCAAGUUACAGUCUAAUUGCAUAUGUAGAGUUGAAGCUCCACUCUAAAAUAGAGCUGAAGCUUGAGAAGAGAGAGCCGCUAAAGGGCAGAGCCAAGACGCCAGUCACACUCAAGCAGAGAAGGAUUGAGCACAAUCAGAGCUAUUCUCAAGCUGGAGUAACUGAGACUGAAUGGACGAGUGCAUCUUCAACAGGCGGACCUCUGCAGGCAUUAACUAGGGAGUCCACGAGAGGGUCGAGAAGAACUCCAAGGAAAAGGGUGGAAACUUCCCAGCAUUUUCGUAUAGAUGGUGCAGUAAUUUCAGAGAGUGCUCCCAUAGCUGAGACUAUAAAGGCUUCAAGCAACGAGUCCUUAGUGGCCAAUAGGUUGACUGGAAAUUUCAAGCAUGCAUCUUCUAUUCUGCCAAUCACUGAAUUCUCAGACAUAACCAGAAGAACACCAAAGAAACCAUUGACAAGAGCUGAAGUGGGAGAAAAAACAGAGGAGAGAAGAGUAGACAGGGACAUUCUUAAGGAAAUGUUCCCCUACGAAGCCUCCACGCCAACGGGAAUCAGUGCUAGCUGCCGCAGACCAAUCAAAGGUGCUGCAGGCCGGCCGCUCGAGCUCAGUGACUUCAGGAUGGAAGAGUCGUUCUCAUCUAAGUACGUCCCGAAGUAUGCUCCCUUGGCAGAUGUCAAGUCAGAAAAGACAAAGAAGAGACGCUCCGUUCCCAUGUGGAUAAAAAUGUUGCUGUUUGCCCUUGUGGCCGUGUUUUUGUUUUUGGUCUAUCAAGCUAUGGAAACCAACCAAGGAAAUCCCUUCACUAAUUUUCUUCAAGAUACUAAAAUAUCCAACUGAAGAAAUCAUUUCGGCACAUUCAACCUGAUCUCCUGUUUUUAAUAACUGUAGAAAAACAUUUGUGUCCACUUGUUGACUGAAGAACUAAAUUGUGAUUUCACCUCAGUAAAGUUAGUGCUGCAUUGAAAAGCAGACAGGAUGCUUACAAGGAUCUCAUUUCAAUAUUUUGGACCUUGGAGAUCACAUUGUGCCAUAUGAAUAAUUUUUUUAGCUCCAGAACUUUUUUGUAGGCUUUAUUUUUUUAAUGUGGACAUCUUAUUUCACUUUUGGGGAAAAUGCAUUGUUUUGUGUAUUUGAAAAAUAAGGCAAAACAUGGUGAUGUAAUGUGAAGCUGCACAUUAAAUACUUGGAAUUCUUACAGAAAAGAUUUAUGACUUAUUCUCUGCUGAGUAAAAAUGUUACAAAUGUGAAUGACAUUCAGUAUGAGGAACGGUCGGUCACGCAGUUGUGCUUCCUGUACGCAGCGGUUUGUCCAUGGAAGGAACAGCAAUAAGCUCUUGUGUGACUCCUGUCAUGUGGUCGUGCUGGUGCGGCCUUACCAUACCACUCGCUAGAGUAUCUGUCAUAUCAUGGAAGUCCUACUUCAUUAAAACCAUUACGUACGCUUGGCUUUCCACAGGGACCUUGUAGAGCGGCAGAUACCUGCUUUAGCUGGCUGUACGAUUGAGGGAGCUGUUAGCUACCUCUAAGGCUCCCAUUGGGAUCCUGUGCUUUUUAUUUACAUUACUGUAAAGCAUUUGUCCCAUCCAUCCAGAUUAUUAGCAAAAUAUUCUUUAGGUAAAUAUGUGUGAGGGUGUUUGUUUAGAAGUUAGAAACUAAACACUGGUCCCCUCUGUUUUACUUGGAUUUCAUUGUCUUCUUUUAACCAAAAAAAAAAAAAAAAAAAUUGUUUUCAGCCAGGGAUUUUUGGGUUUUUUGUUUUGGGUUGAGUCAGGGUGUUGUUUUUGAUUGUUUUAGGCAUAUAAUUCCUGGUGUAAUUUGAUUUAAAACUAUAACCGACUUGCUUUUAAAUCACAUAUGUAGUAGCUAAUGCUUAAUUUGUAAUUUCAAAUAAGGUGGGCAUUAUGGUUUUGUAUACUCCUGAAAUGAUUAACGAUAUCCUUAUGGUUGUCGUCUUUUUUUUUAGCUGAAAUUUACCUCAUGUAUGGCUUAGAUGAAGUUGCCGUCAAUUUAAAUUUUAGUAAAAAUCAAGUAAAGCAUAAACAUUUUUAACUAAGUCAUUUAAGUUGCAAUUUUACAGUCAUUGACCGUAAAGCACACUAAAAAUGUAAAUUAUUUUUAAUAACAUCCAAAAUGUAAAGACAAUUUUAAUUUUUACAAAGGAGGAAGCCGAAUAUGAAUAUUUAGACCAGCACACAGUUUUGACUUAACAUUUACUGUAUUUAGCUUUUAGAUAUUUCGUAGACAUUUUAAGUANACUUUUGCCAUUGAGACCAGAACAUGUAGGUCUGGUCUUGCAGGGCAUGUGGGGAGCUGACUUAGAUCUCAAGUGCUUGCCUCUCAGAGUCACGGUGUCUUUUUUGAGAUGGGCCACAUGGGCAUGUUUUACCCAACUUUCCCACCCUACAGUGACANCCAUCUUCCUUCCUUUGUUUUCAGACAUAGCUUCUCAUAUUGCUUUCAAUCUUUUGUUUAUAAUUAAAAAUUGUGAGAAGCCCCACUUGAUGUUUAAAAGUGUGGGGGUAUAAAUCAGACUUGACAUAUAUGUAAGGCCGGUCGGUCUGGGAUCGGAAAGUAUGGUCCAGUACAGCAAAAGGUAGGACCAGGUAAAACAUGCCAUUUUUUAAAAAAAAUGUGUACUUGGUCUUUCGUCUGUGUCUGUUUUAUUCCACUAGAGUAAAUGUGUCCUUGAUGUAAAUGCAAAGCAUUUAUUAAUUCGUAGAUGUAGACUUUACAAUAUAAUUCAAUAAUAAAGUAAUAAACCUCUA